CGUGCAUAUUGGCCAAUUGCAACAAAGAAUGGGCGGGUUUCAACUCUGUCCGCCAAUGGUUGAGAUAGUUUCUUGUCGCGCAGCAACCAGGAAGCAAUGCUCAUGCGCAGUCCUUAAUCGUUUGAGCCGGAGCGUCUUGGCUUUGGGAAAAGAAAACACAAUAUUAAAGAAAGGCACCUCAAGUAAUGCUGGGAACCACAAUUACAGAUAUAAACCUACAACAACAUGUUGGACUGCAGAAGCUCUCAGCACUGGCAGGAAUCACAUAUUCUUCUCUGGGACCCCAUAAAAAGUACAAGUUUAUCCAAGAUGAAGCAAGUGGGGAGUCAGCUCUUGUGUGCUCGUGUUUUCGCAUUUUUGAGAACCUGGAGCUUACCUGCGCGGUGGGUCAGCUGGUUUACGAGACUAUCCAAGCCCACCAGAAGGUCUAUCAUACAGGGUCAGGAUGCCUGCUGUUUCUUGCAGGAGCCUGGAGCCGUGCUGCUCUGGAGUGCCUUCAGACAGGAAUUUCAGUAGCACAUAUCGUCUCGGCUAUGUCUGAAGGAAUAGAUAUAUGCUUGGAUGUUUGCAGGAAAUGCAGCAUCUCAACUGAGGGUCUUGAUGUAGAGCAAUCGGAGAGCAGCACUGUAACGACUCCAGGAUUUCAACUGUCAAAGAAACCCAUUGUAGAGGCUUCCCAAGCAUUGAGACACAUGCAUGGGACAACAAAAGUUGGUAACAAGACUCUAAACGGAAGCGAACAAAGGAGAGUAAAGCUCAGCAGACAUUUUUAUGAGGCCAAGUCUGAAAAUGUCUCCACAGAACUUCAACUUAAUAAGCCUAAGCUUCCUGACAUUGCACACAUUGCUGAGGGAUUGAGUCACGGUUGUGUCAAUGUGAUGAAUUUAGUAGUUGAAGCCAGCCAAAUACAGUCAAAAAAUAAUCCAAAAGAUAACAUCUGUUUCACGUUUGAUGUGUCCAAAGUGGUUACUUUUGUGCUACCUGGUUUACCAGAGGACCAAACAUGUGUGUUACCAGGCUGCAUUGUUCUUGUGUCUGCUGAACAGGCUUUAGUGGCACAUCACCUAAAAGAACAGCACUUGAAGGUUGCUCUAAUUGAUGGAGAUUUCUCUGAUACCUAUCGCCAUCUUGGCUUCAAAAGGCCAACAGGUAUACAGUGUGUGAGUGACCAGUCAGAUUUUUUAAGUUCAAGCUACGAGGACGAUUGGAUGGAAAAGGUUAGGAAACUUUUGUUGAACCUAGAAGUGAACAUGAUACUAGUUACUGGGCUUGUUAGUGAGAAAGUGAUUCAAUGCUGUUGUAGACAUCAAAUACUUGUGGUGGAAAAAGUAAAGGCUUCCAUUUUAAUGGCCUUCGCUAAUGCAACAGCAGCCGUUCCAGUGACUUAUGCCACACAGUUGAGCAAGCACUGUGUUGGCACUGGUGUGGAUGUUGCCAUAUGGAGGGACCUCAGCAGCCAUGAGAGUAAUCCUUCAACCACUGUGAAUAUUUCCACUGUUAAGAACAGCAAAUUGGUCACAGUGAUCCUCACAAGCUGUGUACAGGCAAAGCUGCUGGCCCUGGAGGACCAGUUUUGGGCAUGUGCUUAUCGUUUACACCACAUGCUGAAAGACAAAGUUCUCCUGCCUGGUGCUGGAGUGACGGAAAUGCUUUGUAUUCAUCACCUUCAGAAGCAAGCAGAUCACCGUGUUAAGCAUCACAGAGAGAGGGAUGAGGACGCUGUUCAGCAAACCAAAGCAGGAACCGCAGCAAACCCUUACAGGCAUGUGGUGUUGCACCUCAUGGCAGAUGGUUUGAUAGAUUACAUAUCCACUGUAAUGGUUAACACCGGACAGUAUUCAAAAGCCAGAGCCAAGACUGCAGUGAGCCAACAACUGCAGGACUACAACGAAGGUCUAGGCAUUGCUGCACGGCUCUCACCACUUGUCUUGGAAGGUGAACAAGAGGAUAGUGGAGUUUCAUCAUUCAUGAAAUCCAGUGAAGCACCAGCAGUAAAAAUCUAUGAUAAUCUGAGUGUGAAGCAGGAAGCAUGGAGGAAAGCCUUAGAUCUGGUUCUACUGGUCUUGCAGACUGAUUCCGAGGUCAUCACAGGUAUUGGCCAAAAAAGUGAUGGAACACAAGAAAAUGUAAUGCUGUUAUGAUCUAAUCCUAACAUCUCGGUGGAUAAAUUGACCGUUCACAACUCUGAAUGUUUUUUGUGGGGGGAAAGUUCAUUUAGACUGUUUAAAAUGUUUUUUAAUGACUUGUACGAAGUAAAAGUAGAAUAAAGUGUGUCUUUAUA